AUGGACUUGGAGUAUAAUGAAGAUGAAGACUCCCAAGAAGAGGAACAUGAUCUUAGUGUCAAUGAACCUGCUCAGUCAACACAUACUCAACGUCCAAAGAGACACACACACACACUCCACGAGCUUCACGAUCUCCACGAGCUCCACGAUCUCCACGAGCUCCACGGUCUCCACGAGCUUCACGAUCUUCACGAGCUCCACGAGCUCCAAGAGCUAUACGGCCUAGACAGACAAACCACAAGUAGGGAGGUGUAUAAAAGAUAUGAAAUAGAAAAGCUGAAGUUGAAAGAAAUGUUUGCAUGUUACCAAGGUCGAGUGUCUUUCACUUCUGACUUGUGGACGAGUCGUAGCCAAGUGAGGGGUUAUAUCUGCCUCACUGCUCAUUAUAUUGAUGAGAAAUGGAAGCUACACAGUCACAUCUUGGCAUUUUGCGAUGUCAAACCCCCACAUACUGGUGAAGCAAUAGCCAAGAAGAUUUUUGAUAUCCUAAAGGAGUGGGGGUUAGAGCGAAGAGUGUUUUCCCUCACCUUAGAUAAUGCUUCUGCUAAUGAUAACAUGCAAAAGAUCCUUACUCAUCGUCUGCAGAGUGGGAAUGGCUUGUUGUGCGAUGGAAAGUUCCUCCAUGUAAGGUGUUGCGCCCACAUUUUGAAUCUGAUUGUCAAGAAAGGGUUAGAGUUAGGUUCUAGUCUUUUGGUGAACAUUAGGGAGAUCGUUAAGUAUGUGAAAGAUUCUGAUUCAAGGAAGGAUUCUUUUGCUACGUGUCUUGAGAGCGCUGGUAUUGAAAGCAGUGCUGGUUUGUCUUUGGAUGUGGACACACGGUGGAAUUCCACUUAUAAGAUGUUGGUGACAGCUCUCAAGUUUUGUAAAGCCUUUGAUAAUCUGCAUUUGUAUGAUAGAAACUACAAAUGUUUGCCUUCUGAAGAAGAGUGGAAUCGCGGUGAGAAGAUUCGAGACUUCUUGAAGCCAUUUAGUACAAUCACAACAUACUUCUCUGGAGUCAACUUCCCCACAGCCAGUGUUUAUUUCAUGCUAGUAUGGAAGAUCGAGUUGUUGUUGAGGAGGUAUGCAAGGUGUAAGGAUAUUGAGAUAAGAUUAAUGGCUGUGGAUAUGCAAAGUAAGUUUGCUAAAUACUGGGACGAGUACAGUCUUAUUUUAGCUAUGGCAGCAGUACUAGACCCAAGGAUUAAGCUGCAGAUGCUUAAGGAAGCUUAUCAUAAGCUGGAUCCUAGAACUUCUGGAGAAGAAGGUUGA